AUAAACACGCCCCCUCUCGCAUAAAGUCGGGUCGCGCAGCGGGUCCACACGGACUGAGCGGGGAAGAACCCAGAAGAGCCCAACAGAACCCGGCGAAAGUUCUUGCAUCUCCUGCGAUUCCAAGAAUGAGACCCGAGAGCGACGCCGCUCCAGCCGGAGGCCCCGUCGGCAGCGACUUCGUGCGGGUAAAGAGCCCCGACGUGAAGUACACCGAGGAGCACAUUGAGGCCCGUUACUCGUACCACACAGCGACCGUGUCCCGCUGCAGAGGCACGUACACGGUCACUCCUCGCACCACCCGCUUCACCUUCCGCACCCAGCGCUCCGUUCCAAAGCUGGGGGUGAUGCUGGUCGGCUGGGGGGGGAAUAACGGCACCACGGUGACGGCCGCUGUCCUCGCCAACAAGCUGGGCCUGUCCUGGAGGACCAGAACAGGCGUCAAGACUGCCAAUUACUUUGGCUCUUUGCUCCAAGCCUCCACCGUGUGCCUGGGGAUGGGGCCUGACGGAGAGGUAAACGUGCCCUUCCGGGACCUGCUGCCCAUGGUGCACCCCAACGACAUCGUCUUUGAUGGCUGGGACAUCUCCUCCCUGGACCUGGGUCGGGCCAUGGAAAGAGCCCAGGUUCUGGACUGGGCCCUGCAGGAGCAGCUGCGACCCCACAUGGAGCAACUGAAGCCCCGGCCCUCCAUCUACAUCCCCGAGUUCAUCGCAGCCAAUCAGGAGCAGAGAGCUGACAAUGUUCUAAUGGGGAGCAAAGCGGAGCAGGUGGAGCAGAUCCGCAAGGACAUCCGUGACUUCAAGAAGAAGAGCGGUGUGGACAAAGUCAUCGUGCUGUGGACAGCCAACACUGAGCGCAUGUGCGACAUCGUCCCCGGAGUCAAUGACACUGCCGCCACCCUGCUGGCUACCAUCCAGCAGGGAGGAAGCGAGGUGUCCCCGUCCACUCUGUUUGCGGUCGCCAGUAUCCAGGAGGGCUGCGCCUACAUCAACGGCUCCCCCCAGAACACCUUCGUCCCCGGGGUUGUGGAGCUCGCCAUGCAGCAGGGGGCCUUCAUCGGGGGAGACGACUUCAAGUCCGGUCAGACCAAGGUCAAGUCCGUCCUCGUGGACUUCCUGGUCAGUGCGGGACUCAAGCCCACCUCCAUUGUCAGCUACAACCACCUGGGAAACAACGACGGGCGGAACCUGUCGGCGCCCCAACAGUUCCGCUCCAAGGAGAUCUCCAAGAGCAACGUGGUGGACGACAUGGUGCGGUCCAACAACGUGCUCUAUGCCCCUGGCGAGAAGCCGGACCACUGUGUUGUGAUCAAGUACGUUCCCAACGUGGGCGACAGCAAGCGAGCCAUGGAUGAGUACACGUCGGAGAUCAUGAUGGGCGGGACCAACACCAUCGUAAUGCACAACACCUGUGAGGACUCCCUGCUGGCCAGCCCGAUCAUCCUGGACCUGGUCAUCCUGACAGAGCUGUGCCAGCGUAUCACCUUCUGCACAGAGGAGGAUCCGCACUUCCAGACCUUCCACAGCGUGCUCUCGGUGCUCAGCUACCUGUGCAAGGCCCCUCUGGUCCCCGAGGGGGCCCCCGUGAUCAACUCCUUCUUCCGGCAGCGCACCUGCAUCGAAAACCUGAUGAGGGCUUGCCUGGGCCUCCCCCCUCAGAACCACAUGCAGCUGGAACACGAGAUGCAGAGAAGCUUCCUGCUUCCUGACUGUGCGCCUGUUCCCAUGGCAACCCACAAGAGCAUCACUGCGCGGUGCAACGGAGGCCACUUUGCCCUGACCAAUGGAGUGUGAGGAGAGGAGAGCAGAGGAGAGGAGAGCCAGACUGCGGGCGAACAAAUUCAUAAGAAGGAGAAUGUGUCUAUUCCUGCGAAACGCUGCACAUCACUGGACUUGAACUUGGCUUUAAUCUUAGGAGUUCAGUGCAAAUAGCAAAUUGAAUUGUGGUUAGAAACACGUCACACUUUUAAAAAUUGUUUUUAUUUUUACCAGUUUUUGUCUAGUUUUAAUCUGUUAAAAUGUGUAAGUUGACAGCGCAGAGCAACUUGUAGAACGCGACAGGUGUGUGUGUGAGAGAGACAGAGACAGACUGACGUUACUGUAGCCUCACGGAGACAAUAAAAGCACUUCACAGGCA